UAGUACGUUACGUUUGCUUUUUGUGUUUCGCUCGCUGCGCAGUCGGGUGUUGAAAGCAUUGAAAGGACAGGGAGAGGGACCGAUCGAGUCUAGGGCGUAAUUUUUUUUUAUUUCGUUCACAGUUUAGUAAUAUUGGGGCAGCACGAUGACCGAUAAGAUGGAUAUGUCUCUAGAUGACAUUAUCAAACAGAACAGGCAGCAGAGAGGUGGAAGCCGGGGAAGUAGAGGCAGAGGCCGCGGAGGCUUUGGCGCCCGUGGUGGUGGAGGCGCUGGGCGUCUCGGAGGCGGCGGCGGAGGAUUUCGAGGCCGAGGCGGCGGAUCCGGCCCCAUGAGGGGCCGACAGAAUAUGAGCCGCGCUACAAGCAGACCGACACCUUACAGCAGGCCUAAACAGCUCCCAGAUAAGUGGCAGCACGACAUGUUUGACAACGGCUUCAGCAGUUUCAAUGGCGCUGCCGGGGGCGGCGGCGGAGCUGGCAUGGAAACUGGAGGGAAGCUCCUCGUCUCCAAUCUGGACUUUGGUGUGUCUGAUGCAGACAUUCAGGAACUUUUUGCUGAAUUUGGAACGCUAAAGAAAGCUGCCGUUCAUUACGACCGAUCGGGAAGAAGCUUGGGAACAGCAGACGUCCAUUUUGAAAGGAAGGCAGAUGCUCUUAAGGCCAUGAAACAAUAUAAUGGCAUCCCACUUGAUGGGCGGCCUAUGAACAUACAGCUCGUCACGUCACAGAUUGAUACACAGAGGCGACUUAUGCCAAUGAGUCGAGGGCGAGGUAGAAGUAGAGGACGUGUUGGCAUGGGAGCUGUUGCAGGGCGUGGCACAUUCUACCGGAGAGGGGGCCGGGGAGGUCGGGGUGGCAGCGGCGGUGGAAAGCAGUCUCUGUCGGCAGAGGAACUCGAUGCCCAGUUAGACGCCUACAAUGCCAGAAUGGACACCAGCUAAAAGCUGACGUUUUUCCUCCUCCUCGUUCCUUCUUGUCUGCGCAGAAGAGUGUGGUUGUUACAAAUGUGCAGAAUAUUUUACACUUGGUUGACGUCUUAUGUAAUUUGACAUUGUUCGAUCCUUUGUUUUAAAUACUCCAAAGUGUUUUUUACCAGUAUUUUUUUUUUUUUUUUUUUUGGGAUCAAAAUGGAUUUGCCUGUAGGUUGUUUCCCAGUCGCCCUCUGCCCUGUAGUGAACGAAACUUGUAAUAAAAACCUGCAGUGCUCAUUAACCAAAAA